CUUGGUUCUGCCCUCUAAAUCAUCCCUCCUUUUUCAUAAAACGUAGUAAAUGCUCACAGUUGAGCAGUUUUAGCAGCUUGCUUCCUGCCAGUAGAAUUUGAGGAUGUGGUUGAAGGCAUGGACACAACAGAACACACCUGUGAUAAACCUCUGCUUAGAGGCAAAAGGAGGCAAGAACUCCAAGAGAUGCUGAGAGAUAUAGGACUGGAUGUUGGGUACUGGUUGCCCAAGCUGCAGGAAAACCUUGUUAUGACCUGUCCUCAAGCCUUACAAUACUUAACAGAAAAAGAUCUCCAGAAGCUGAAAUCCCAGGUGCGACAUCCAUGGGAGAAAAGGGCUCUGGAGAAGCUGGUUGACCUGUCGCACUCAAAUAGUCCUCCAGAGUUACAGGAGUCACCAGUGGAGAUGAUAAAGAGAAAGCAGAAGCAGGCAGAACAAUUGCUGCAGGAACUGGGAGACUUCCUAUUAGAAGGGAGGGAGAGGCAGGAAGAGGCAGUAGAGAGAAAAGAAGCAGAGCUGAGGCAAGCCAUGGAGAUCCCUGAAGAGUACUGGCCAAUGCCUGAAAAGCCCUUAAGGGAAGUCAUGGAAAUCAUGCAGAGACAACUCAGUCCCAUGGAGCAGACAUUGUCCCACAGGCAAAACCUCCCAGAUGGAGAUCUAAUAAGAUGGGCAUCUGGAGGGCUGGCUCUGCAAGGGAUUUACAAAACGUGCCACCAAAUGGACCUGAUGCAGCAGAGAGAGGAGCUACUCAGUGUCCCCAAGGAGUUCUCACUCUUUGGCUCUCAGCAGGCGACACAAAUGGAAACAAAACAAUUUAUAUCAUUUGAAGAAGAAUCCAUGUUCAUCCAGACAAUAGAAAAGAUGGGCUUCAGUGUAACUACCUCUGCCAAUGGUGGAGGUUGGGGAAUUCAACUACAGAUUGGAAUGAAUAAAAGCAAGCAUUCAGAAUCCAAGGAAACACAACAAACAAGUUCUGAGGGUACAUAUUUCUGCUCAACCAAGUUCUACUAUGCCCCUCUGGCCUCUUGCUACUUUCGCAUCAAUGAGCUUCAGUUAUCCAAGCCUGCUCUUCAGGAACUGAAAUACAUUGAAGACCUCUUGGAUCAGAUGGCAGACACAGAUAACUUCCCCUUGUUGAGGCACAGGACUGAAAAUUUCUUCCACAGGUUUGGCUCUCAUGUAAACCAAGGCCCUCUGCACCUGGGAGGAAUCUAUUGGUGGAAGGCUGUUUCAGAGGGAUUCCAAAGUGACCAGCUGACUGAUGUGAAGCAGCAGGCAGCAAAGGCCCUGGAUACUUACAUAAGGGGGAGCUACAGUGGCUUUCCAGUAAAAGUUGCUGGGGCUAUGGAUGUGUCACACUCACCUUCUGAAACAGCCUCUCAAAGCCAAAUUUUACAAAAUUUUCAAACCAAAAUCCAGUUAUCUGUGGUCCAGACAGGUGGCCCACCAGAAGCAGAUGGCCUUGUCCAGUGGAAAGCUGGCCUUGUUUCUAGCAAUCAAACCUGGUGUGUCAUUGACCGGGGACUUCAACUGGUACCCAUUUGGGACAUCAUCCUCUCUAGUCACAGAAGUGAUUUUCAAGAUCCCCUUAAGAUAGCUAACUGUCUGAAAGACAACUACACUGCUCUGACUGGUCUCAGUGCCCAGAUCCAGGAGGGAGCAGAAUUGUUGAGUGCUGGGCAGGAGGCUAGAGUUUUCCUAGAUGAGGUAAAAUCCUGGGAGGUAUCUGAUCCUGAAGAGCAACUUCAGAAACUGAUAGAUGUCAUGAACAAACUGAGUCAAAAAAUAAAUGGUUAUGACACCUGGAUUAACAUAUGCCUCACAGACUGGGAUCUGCAGAAUUUUCUAGUAAAUACUGUCAAUUUUAGCAAAAAUUCUUCCAGACAUAAAAUUAAAUUUGUUAAAUCACAGUUGCGCAGCAUUCUGUAUCCCCACAUCUACAAAGUGACAAAUUUUCCUCAGGCUCACUCCAUCAUGCAAUGGAUCUUCCAGUCGGAGUCAGAGCUAGAGCAACUCAAUAUCUCCCAAUUUUCUCAGUUCAUUGAAAUCUUAAAGGAAACCAAGAAUGAACUCUUUGAGGUGAAUGUAAGAUGUGAAAUCCAAGAAACAGGGGAAGAAGCUCAAAGAAAGGCCACCUAUGAGGUCUGCUUAGCUCUCAGCAACUUCUUGAAUCACCUCCAAGCAACAGAGCAGUCAGACACACAGCUCUUGCUACUUUCCAUUGCAGCUGGUGCAGGAUAUCAGGUGGGAAGCAAUAUUUUUCGACAUCUCCUGGGGCAUGAUGAGUUAGACUUUCUGCUGGAUGAAAUGCAAACCGCCUACAAUAAAUACCAGGAGCUCAAAAAUAUUUCCAGCUAUAGGGCCCAUGCAUUCCUGGUGCUCACAGGUCUGACAGCCACAGCUGGAGUAACAGCUCUUUCUGCAGAAGAGAAGACACAGCGCAUGGAGUUUAUCAGAAAACAUAUGGGACAACUGUUCUCUAAAGAAGUUGUACAUGUCCUCACUAAACUUGGGGCAGAUCAUGAUUGGGAAAACCUAGAAAGAGACCUGAGAUUGCUCAUUGAUGGAGAUUAUGAAGCUACCAUCUCCUCUUUGAAAAUGGAUGAUGUUAAAAGACAGCUACAGAGUCUUCUCCAUGAAAGGAAACAGCCCCAUGAACCAGAUAUUAAUGCAAAUAACACAAGUGAAGUAAUAGAAAAUGGAGCCUUUCUAGACUUACUCCAGCGACUUGGCCUAGAACAUUACUACCCAAAAAGGAUGAGUAGAGCUAACUUCCAUGUGAUCUACAAGAGUUCUGUGUCCAACACCCAGCCCAAAUCUGAACAAGAACUUUCCUUCUAUUUCCUUCAGAAGUUAUUGAUGCUGGAUUAUGGAUUGAGACACCUGGUCUUCAAAGAUGAUAGAAACAUAGAAUACCAAGUCCCUCCAAGUGCCUCCAAUCAGGAAAAUGAGGCUGAUCCAUAUGAAGAGUUUUUCAAAGAUGAUGAUAAUCUCACUAAUCCUUUGACCACUGAGUCCAGGUCCCACAUUCACCCCAUGGAUAUCCAGAUGGCCAUCUUUCACUGUGCAGAUAAUUUUGCCAGACAAUAUAUUUUGACCAAACUAUCCAUCUGUCAAUUUGCCCUGCCACUCCUGGUGCCAAAUCCCUGCACUUCUCAAAUUGAAUUCUCUCUCUGGCCUCUCAGACAAAUUAGGAGAAGUUGGCAGCAAGCAAGCAAAUCACCACCAGGGAAGAACAGUCACAAGAAUCAGCAGAUGUGUCGUGUCUCCACCCCCAUUGUGUCCUUCAUAAGAGUUGGUAAUGGACUGUCUGCUUCCAAAUCUCAGAUCAUGAACUGUCUUCUCAGUGAACGCAAACAUGAUGUGUUCUUCCACCGCCACUGCAGAGAAAGCAGCAAGAACUGCCUCUUGAUGGGGGGUGUGGUGGAAAUCUGCUGGUUCUGCCCUAGCGGGGAAGAGGAGGACAGGUUUGACAGCUGUGUGACCUUCAUCAAUCUUCAUGGAGGUGCAAAGGAGCAUAAAAGGCAGCUCGCCUUCCUGAAGGAGGUCUCUUCUCUCAUCGUGGUCCUCAUGUCAGCUUCUGAUGACAAUGAAGAAAACCAAAAAAUAGUCCGUGACCUGUGGCAGUCGUCAAGAUCAUUGAUCUGCUUGCUUGAUGACAAAGAAAAAUUCAAAGCCAAUAACUCUGGUAGGAGAGUGAAAAUGGGCCUAAGGAGUAGAAAUGAGGCAGAAUUGACAGAGGAGCUCACAGCUACCAUCAGACGUUUGCUAGAGUGCUCCAGCACUGCUCUCAGCAUGGAGGACUGUUCUUGUAUAGCUCGCCAGCAAGGAUUUCUCAUUGAUGAAGACCAGAGAGAUUGCAAGGAAGCCAAAGAAAAGGCUGAGACUAUCAUGGACCUACUAAAAGAAACAGAGUUGUCUCGGAUGAAGGAAAUUUUUCUACCCCUUCAAGGACAACUGUGGCAUCUUUGGUGUAAGAAGGACAAAGAACUACAUCAUUUGAGAGAAAAAGGUAAUAGAAGCAUUGAGCAACACAAGAGUGAAGUUGAGAUAGAUAAACAAAUAAUAAGACAUCGACAAUUGACAAGAGCCUUUCCUCUCAAUAAUUUAAUGGGAUCUCUGCUUCAGAUUCUCCAUGAGUAUUCAGAAACUCACACCACACUUUACUUCUUGCAGUGGCUGAGUGUGUUUUUAGAUAGCCUGACUGCAGAGCAUUUGGAAAACUUGCGUGAAAAACUAAUAUAUUUGUGGUCAAAUGUACACACAGAAAAGCAAAAAUCCCCAAACAACAACUCCUUGAAACUCUGGCAAAAUAAAAUAGAAGCCAUCUCUACUGAGAUUAAUGACUGUACCUUGGGAAUUGAGCAAUUUCUCAGAGAGGUUGGCCAGAUCUAUGAAGCUCUGGAAGAAACUUCCUCCAAAGGAGACACAAUUUUUCUCUCCCUUCCCCAAAUUGCUGCAGACCUGAUGAUAUCUGGAGUUCCCAUAGAGCUGAUGGAUGGAGAUGCUUCCUAUGUGCCCCUAAAGUGGGUGGCAGCUGUUUUUGAAAUGCUCUCUGAGAAACUUGGAGACAAGAGGCUCUUUGUUCUGUCUAUCCUUGGCCUGCAGAGCUCAGGGAAGUCCACACUGAUGAAUGCUCUUUUUGGGCUGCAGUUCUCUGUCAGUGCAGGCAGGUGUACCAAGGGAGCCUACAUGCAGCUCCUGAAGGUCGAUGAGGCAUCAGCAGAGGAACUUGGCUUUGACUUUGUGCUGGUUGUAGACACGGAAGGACUUCGGGCCCCAGAACUCAGCCACAAAUCCCAGAAUAGGGACAAUGAGUUAGCCACCUUUGUCAUUGGACUUGCAAACAUGACUCUGAUCAAUAUAUUUGGGGAGAAUCCAUCAGAAAUGCAAGAUAUCCUACAGAUAGCUGUCCAAGCCUUUCUGAGGAUGAAACAAGUGAAAAUCUUCCCAACUUGCAUAUUUGUGCAUCAGAAUGUGGGAGAAGUUACAGCUAAAGACCAAACUAUGGAAGGACGAAGACAAUUAGAGCAGAAGCUAGAUGAAAUGGCAGUAAUAGCUGCUAAACAAGAAGAGUGCUCACAGGUAACACGCUUUGGUGACGUCAUCAAGUUUGAUGCUAAUACUCACGUGUACUACUUUGCUCACCUCUGGGAUGGCAAUCCCCCCAUGGCCCCUCCCAAUCCUCGCUACAGCCACAAUGUCCAGGAACUGAAAAGUAGAAUCCUUUUGAUUGCCAAACAGGAAUCCAGGGGAAGCAUCCUGAAGAUAUCAGAUGUAAAAUUCAGAGUUCAAGAUUUGUGGAGAGCCCUGGUAAGUGAGAACUUUAUUUUCAGUUUCAGGAACACCCGAGAGGUCAUGGCCAUGAGCAAACUGGAAACCAUGUAUAAUCACUGGACCUGGGAGCUCAGGAGUCAUAUGCUAGACUUGCAGAACCAGCUUCACAAUCAGAUUCAGAAUGGAAAAAUUCUGACAAUUACAGCAGGCAUAAUUGUGGUUCCAGUUAUAGGGAAAUAUGAAACUAUCAUGCUAGAAUUUGAAAAAUAUUUUAACGAAGACCCAGAUCGUGAAAUACUGGUUCAAUGGAAAGCAAAUUUUGAAAAUAAAUUGUUACUCCUUAAGGAGUCCCUUAUUUUAGACACCAGAAGAAAAGUCAAUGAACUUAUUAGUCUCAGAAAAAGCCAAGAAAGACUGGAUAAGAAAAAAGAAGAUUAUGAAAAUCAAAUAUUAGAGAGGAGCCAAAUCUUGGCUUUAAGUGUAAAAGGGAAAGAAUUUAGUGAUGAAGAGUUACAUGAUAAAUUCAAUGAACUUUGGAAAAAAUGGGUCUAUGAAGUAUCUUCAACUUCCCCUCAGUUCAUAGAGCCUAACAUUGAUGUGGAUGCUGAGAACAUCCUUUUGGAUUAUUUCAAAAAGGAGAAAAACAUAAUAGAAAAAUUAAAGGGAAACUCUGGAGAGGAUUUUCAAAUUGAAUAUGGAAAACAUGUCCAAAUGAGUAAGGAAUAUUUGUUUCACAAAAAGAAUUUAGAGACCUCUGAUGAAGAGUCCAUUAAUCUGACUACUCACCGCAUUUUUUCAAGGUUUGAUGAAUCUAUUAAGAGCAUUUUGAGACAACAACGUGAUUAUGAUCAACAUGACUUCCAUGAAAUUGUGAGAAUAAUAGAAGAGGAAGUGAAAUCUGCACCCACUAAGGAAAGAUAUGUAUUUACCAGCAAAUACACCAUUGAAUUAUCUUUGUGUUUAUUCCAAAGAGCAUCAAAACAUUUUAAGGAAAUGCACAGGGCAUUCAAGACAGCACAUGAUCCUGUAAACUAUCUAGAAUGCAAGAAAGAUGAUUUUUUCAUGAGUUUCAAGAUCUCCUGCCAAGGAGCAACCUCUAUCACGUCUUUUGUUGAUUUUCUGUGCCACAAGCUCACACCAGCUGUCUCUGCCACCAUAUGGGAGAAAAUGAUCAUUAAAAUAACUGGGGACAUGAGAGUUACCUGCCCUGCAUUCAAUGGAAACAGGUCGAACCUGGAGAAACACAUUCUCAUCUCUCUAGCAGAAGAAGAAAAUUUUGACAAUUAUUGGCAAUAUAUUCAUAAUCCAGAAUCAUUCUUUAGGGAUUACAUUGAAAACCAUGUUAAAACAUACUAUUUGGGCAAAGGUGGGGAAAAAAUAAAAACAUUUUUCAAAAUCAGUUUAGAUGACAUCAAGCAUGCCAUCCUCUCUGCCAUUCAUGAAUCCACAGCAGUAGCUAAAGAUGCAAGCAGCACUGCUUCUGGGUGGCUGGAUUUAUUCUGUGAUCACCUGGGGAAUGACUUGAUUUUCCCACGAAGAGACUUGGUAAGCAUUGAGCACCAGGAAAUAAAAGAUAUGGAGUUCCUCAAAGAAGCCAUGAGUGUAGCUUUGGAUCCCACAAUGAAGAAGGUAGAACAAAAUUAUUCAAGUAGGAGCAUAGAUGAAAUGGUUCCUGAAAUUGUGAAAAUCCUCUUGGAACAUCUCUGUGGCUGCUGGAAGCAGUGUCCCUUCUGUAAAGCAAUAUGUACAAACACAGUUCCUAAACAUGAUGGAGACCACAGUGUUCCAUUUCAUCGUCUUCGGGCUGUCAUUGGAAGUAACUGGUAUAAUACAGACAACUUUGUCAUUGAUUGCUGUUCUAGUUUAGUAGCAAGUGAUAGUUUGUUUACUUUUAGAGAUGACUGUAAUAUUCCUUAUAAGGACUAUCGGCAGGCAGGAGGGAAAUUUGCCACAUGGAGCAUCACCCCAGACUCAUCCACACAGCCAUACUGGAAAUGGUUUGUCUCUCACUUCAGAACAAACCUGGAAGAAAAAUAUCAGCUAAAAUUUAUAAAUAGAGGUCAAAUUCCUGAAGAAUGGGCAAAAAUCACAAAGCAGUAUGUGCUUGAUGUGUUGAAAAAGCAGUAAUCCUCAGUGAACACUUAAGAAUCUUAGCAUCUGAACAAAAAUCAGAGUAUAUGACCAAUCUUAAAACAAAUCCUCCUUAUAACUAGAACUUUAAAUAGUCCACUUAGUGAAUGAAAGGUGUAAAAAUAGAUUACCAUUUGGGGAGUUUAAGUUCCUGUAAAUGGACUUCAUUUUUCUCUUCCUCAAUUGUGUCUGGGUUAGAAGGAAAUUGCUAAAAUAGCAUCAUAUGACAAAAUCAAAUAAAUCAAUAUUUAAAAUGUCCCUGUCCUUUUUAUCGGCACCCAAAUAGACAUGUAGACCAAUGGUACAAAAUAGAAGACACAGAGACAAACCCACAUAAAUACAAUUAUCUCAUACUAGACAAAGUUGCCAGAAAUAUACAUUGGAAAAAAGAUAGCCUUUUCAACAAAUGGUGCUGGGAAAACUGGAAAUCCAUAUGCAACAAAAUGAAAUUAAACCUCUAUCUCUCACCCUGAACAAAAGUCAACUCAAAGGGAUUCAAACACUUAGGAACUAGAAUAGCGACCCUGUGCCUAAUGGAAGGAAAAGUAGGCCCAAAUCUUCAUCAUGUUGGCACAAAACCUGACUUCCUUAACAAGACUCCUAAAGAGCAAGAAAUAAAAGGAAGAAUCAAUAAAUGAGAUGGAUUCAAACUAAAAAGCUUCU